CCUCCCGCAAUAGAGCUUUGCAAAGAGGAGCGCCAUAGAGUUGUGGGAAAGGAGGGGCUGCCCCGCAUAUGGCGGCGUUCAAAGGGGACCCGGAAAUUAGGGUCCUUUAAUUAAAACGAAUAGACUUGGUUUAGCCGAGUUUGUUCGCUUCCCCCACCCCCACCCCCAGGUAACCCUAACAGGGAGUCUCGUGCUUACUACGUCAUCAAAAAGGCGCCCAGGCGUGAGGCGUCCUAGAGGGAGGGCGACGCUGGGGACCACAGGAGUGGGAGGCGGCUCCAGAGGAAACGAGCGCGAUGGUUUGGCCCGACUGAGCGGCUUCUCUUGGCUGCAGUGAGUCCCUCAGUUCCUGCCUUCAGAGGUGUGCGGCGUCCUUAACCCUUUGCAUUUCCAGUGGGUGCUUCGGACCCUCCUGUUUCUGGGUUUACUUGGUGUAGAGACCAGUUGUCCCAUCUCUUAAAAGCCCUUCAAGCGCAGUAGCCCUGCAGAGCGCGUCACCCUGGAGUAGUUGGGCCCUCCUCCCUCAAGUCUUCAUUCCCAUCGAAAUCCCUGCGAGUGACUUGACAUCUGAGGAAGCAAGACCUAAUCGAGCUGUCAAUUCCACUUCGUGACAGCAUUGUGAAGCCUGCCGUCCAAUGAAGCAGAGAUUAAUGAAGCCCGUCUAUCAUUUCCAGGGGAAAAAAUGAGUGGAGGGUUAGCACCAAGCAAAAGCACAGUUUAUGUGUCCAAUUUGCCCUUCUCAUUGACAAACAGUGACUUAUACAGAAUUUUUUCCAAAUAUGGCAAAGUGGUUAAAGUGACAAUUAUGAAAGACAAAGACACACGAAAGAGCAAAGGGGUUGCUUUUAUUUUGUUCUUGGAUAAAGAAUCAGCACAGAACUGUUCUCGGACGCUUAACAAUAAACAACUGUUUGGAAGAGUAAUAAAAGCAAGUAUUGCUAUUGACAAUGGAAGAGCUGCAGAAUUCAUCCGCAGGCGAAACUACUACGACAAAUCAAAGUGCUAUGAAUGUGGAGAAACGGGGCAUUUAAGCUAUGCAUGUCCUAAGAACAUGCUAGGGGAGCGUGAGCCACCGAAAAAGAAAGAAAAGAAGAAAAGAAAGAAAGCAAUUGAAGAAGAAGAAGAAGAGGAAGAAGAAGAAAUUGAGGGAGAACCAGAAAGUGAAGAAGAGGGAGAAGACCCUGCCCUUGAUAGCCUCAGUCAAGCUAUAGCUUUCCAGCAAGCCAAAAUUGAGGAAGAACAGCAAAAAUUGGUGCAGGCAGAAGAGGAGGCCUCAACCUCUGAUUCAAGACGACCGCGGAUCAAAAAAAGUGCAUAUUUUAGUGAUGAGGAAGAACUUAGUGAUUGAUUCAUAUACCAUGUACAUUUAUAAAAUGUAGGCUUCUUUUAUUCUACACACGUUUGUAAUGCUAUGAAGACUUCUCUCCUAUUGUAAAUAAAAGUAACAGUAAUUUGAG